UAUCGCGUGUCACACUACAUUUUCAUGAUAAUCGCUUAUCGGCCACGCAAGCAGCAGUCGGCAGAUCACAUGUUCAUCACCCUAUAAAAAGGGCAUGGCAUCAAUAAACGUUGUCUGUUCCACCCUGGCGUCCGGCUGAUACGCUACAGUUGGCGACGAGGGAGCGGCGGCGAUGGCCGUCGGCAGGAUCGGCGAGUAUCAUCUCGGCACAAACGCGUCAUGGGACGAAUACGUCGAGAGGCUAGAGAUGUUCUGCGAAGCUAACAAGAUAGCGAAAGAAGAACAGAAAAGAGCCGUCCUCCUGAGUUGUUGCGGCGAAGAAGCGUACGGGCUCAUCGUGACUCUGUUGAAGCCAGCAAGACCGACAACAGCAACCUACGAGGAAAUUAAGACGGCGGUUCGCAAGCAUCUGCAUCCAAGGCCUUCAGAGCUAUACGCAAGGUUUUUGUUCUACAAGAGAAACCAGGCUGCCGAGGAAUCAGUUGCGGACUACGUCACGGCGCUUCGGAAGUUAGCCGAAGACUGCGGUUUUGGCGACGAGCAGCUCCCGUUGGACAUCAUGAUGCGAGAUCGUUUCGUAUGCGGCCUCCAGAACAAAGCCGUUCAACAGCGACUUCUCGCAGAACACGACCUUACGUUCAACGUUGCGUACGACAUGGCCGCGACCGCAGAAGCGACAGCCAAGCAACAACGAGACAUACGGAUGCACGGCCGAGACGAGGCGAAGGACUGCCAGGGCAUGAUACAAGCAACCCGCACGAAGCAAGACGCCACGGCAGAGGGAUCUAGUUGCUACCGUUGCAACGGUAAGCACGCUGCAGAUUUAGAAAAGCGGCAUGCUUCAAAUGCAAAAGGGUUGGACAUAUUGCGAGGGCUUGUCGUUCAAAAGACGAAAGUAGAGCGGCCCGGAAGACGCCUGAGCAAAAGAGGAAAGUUGAAAAGAGCAAGGGCGAGUACGAAAUGAGUGCAUUGUUUUCACUUUGCGAAGUGAAUGAGCAAGAACAGAAGUUUAUGGUUAAAGUACAGAUACAAGGACAAGAAGUCCCGAUGGAGGUUGAUUCCGGAGCAUCGUGCUCAAUUGUGAGUGAAGAUACAUUUAGAGUAAUCGAGAGAAAUCGGGGUAAAAUACCACUCCAAGAUUCUGAAACAACUCUCGUAACCUGGUCAAAGGAGGCGUUACAACUGCUGGGUCGAGCAACCGUCUUGGUAGAAUUCAAGGGCCGGAAGGCAAAGCUGCCAUUGUUGGUAGUAAAGAAUCGAGGCAACAGCCUGAUUGGGCGAAACUGGUUUAGGCCGUUAGGCAUUCGCUUGCGGGGAAUCGAGCAAGUAAACGAGGAAGACGUGCCCUCACGAUUUUCCGAGGUGUUUCGCAGGGACCUUCCUGGCUUCAACUGACCACCGAUUCACAUCGAACUGAAAGACGACGCUCAACCAGUGUUUCUCAAAAGUCGACCAGUUCCGGUGGCCCUCAAGGACGACGUGGGCAAGGAAGUGGAUCGCUUGGUGCAACAAGGGGUAUGGGAACCCGUCGCGUACUCCAACUGGGCCACGCCACUGGUAGUGGUAAGAAAAAAAGACGGAACUUUACGCCUGUGCGGUGACUACCGUAGCACCGUAAACAAAGCUAUUAAGUGCAGCGGGUAUCCUUUGCCCACUACCGCUGAAAUGCUCGCAGCUCUGGGUUCAAGCAAAUUUUUUACAAAGUUAGAUCUAGCUCAAUCUUAUCAACAGCUAACGCUAGACGACGAAUCGGCUGAAGUGCUCACAGUUAACACGAUAAAGGGACUGUACAAAGUCAAACGGCUGCCGUUUGGAAUUUCGGUGGCGCCAUGGGUAUUUCAACGAGUCAUUGAUACGCUGUUAGCAGGCAUUCCCGGCGUGAAAGCCUAUCUUGAUGAUAUCUUGAUUUCUGGCCGUAACGCGGAAGAGCACGCCGAGAGAUUAGAAACCGUGCUAUCGCGUCUGCAGAAUGCGCAGUUAAGAGUAAACAAAGACAAGUGCGAAUUCAACAAGCCGAGCAUUGAAUUCUUGGGUCACAGGAUUGACGCCACGGGAAUACAUCCGAGCCGAAGCAAGACUGACGCCAUCCAUAAAGCGCCCGCACCCACAAGCAAAAAGGAGCUGCAAGCGUUCUUGGGGUUACUAAAUUUUUACAGCAGUUUUCUCAAGGGCAAGACUGAAGUGGCAGAACCCCUCUAUCGACUGCUCGACCAUGACCACGAAUGGAAGUGGACAGGUGAGCACCAACGUGCGUUUGAGAGACUAAAAAAAUUGCUUAGCUCCGACUCUGUACUUGUGCCCUAUGACACCAAGCGUCCUUUAAUUUUGUGCUGCGACGCAUCUCCUGUGGGAGUGGGGGCAGUGCUAGCCCAUCGUACGACUGAUGGGAAGGAACAGCCCAUAGCGUAUGCUUCCCGGACGCUUGGAGCCAGUGAACGUAACUAUGCUCAGAUUGACAAAGAGGGCUUAGCUGUUGUCUUUGGCGUGAAACGGUUCCACCAGUACCUUGCUGGGCGAGAAUUUACGGUCAUAACGGACCACAAGCCGUUACUGGGUCUGUUUAACACGGACAAGAGGGUGCCUGAAGUUGUGUCGCCCAGAAUGCUCCGUUGGAUUUUAUGUUUGUCUGCGUAUAACUACAGCCUUCAGUACAGGCGAGGCCAAGAAAACUCCAACGCCGACGCACUCAGUCGUCUGCCAGCUCCGGAAGACGUAGACGAGCCACAGCCACCUGGGGACGUGCUCCUGUUGGAAGCGGUCGAGUGCGCACCGCUGCAGGCGGCAGACAUCGCUGCGCUGAUCAAGAAGGACAAAGUAUUAUCCAUGGUAAAGGAAUGGAUCCUUAGUGGCUGGCCGUCAACACAACUGGACAGCAAGUUCGCGCCUUACGAGGUGAGGAAGACGGAGUUGUCGUUGCAUCGUGAUUGCAUACUGUGGGGGAAUCGCGUUGUAAUUCUUAACGCAGCAAGAGAAAGUGCGCUUCAACUCCUACAUGCAAAUCACCCUGGGAUGAGUGCUAUGAAAGCGUCAGCUAGAGGGCUCAUGUGGUGGCCGAAAAUGGACCACGAAAUUGAAGAGUUUGUACGACACUGUCAGCCAUGUCAGAGUAACCGGCAAAGCGAUCCCAAGGUUCCAGUGCAUUUUUUGGAUCAAGCCAGAUCAACCUUGGAGUCGCCUACACAUUGAUUUCGCUGGACCAGUUAAUGGAGAAGUAUUUUUAAUCGUGGUAGACGCGUACAGCAACUGGGCUGAGGUCGAAAUCAUGUCAUCCAUGAAAGCUACAGCUGUCGUCACCAGCUUAAGGAAGAUGUUUGCGACACACGGUGUGCCAGACGUUAUCGUUUCGGAUAAUGGCACAGCAUUCACUAGCUCGGAGUUGCAAACGUUUUUAAAGUGCAAUGGUGUGCGUACUAUUUUCACUGCUCCUUACAAUCCCGCCAGUAAUGGUAGGGCGGAGAGAACGGUAAGAGAAGUUAAAGAAGCGUUAAAGAAGCAACAGGAAGGUUCAACGCAGUGCAAGAUUUCGCGGUUCCUGUUUAAACAGCACACGACGCCGCAUUCGGUCACGGGGAAAUCUCCGGCAGAAUUGAUGUUCGGACGAAGGCUGAGGACAGCCUUGGACAGACUUCAUCCGGACCGGCAAUACAUGCCGGAACCGCAACGACCGGAGAUUAAGAGGUUCCACGUCGGUGACGCGGUCUAUGCUAAAAGCUUUUGUCCAGGUCCAAGGUGGAAGGCGGCCAGGGUUGUGGCAGUGCGAGGCCCGGUGUCGUACAUCGUCCAGCUGGACAACGGCGAACGCCAUCACAGGCGCCGGAACCAGUUGAGGAGCGCCUGGACGAGGCUCGAAGCCGAUCCAGUCUCAAGUGCAGACUACCACCUCAGGCUGCCUCCUACAGCCAGACGACACCAACAGCUGCCGGUCAGCACGGAAGCAGCCGCAGGGGCAAGACCGGGCCAAGCUACCCAAGACCCGGUCGAGACGCGAAGAUCAACACGCGUUAGACGGCCUAUCGCACGUUAUGGCAUUAAUGACUAACCAGACAUUUUGCAAUUGUGUAACGAAUCUUAGGAGAAAGGAAUGUUGUAUACUGAUCUCGCGUGUCACACUACAUUUUCAUGAUAAUCGCUGAUCGGCCACGCAAGCAGCAGUCGGCAGAUCACAUGUUCAUCACCCUAUGAAAAGGGCAUGGCAUCAAUAAACGUUGUCUGUUCCACCCUGGCGUCCGGCUGAUACGCUACACUUUGAGAUGGCGCUUCUGAUCGUGGGGAAUGUUCAACUUUAGUGCUCUGCAUCCACUCGUAGUGUAUGCCC